GACAGCUAUGAGUGCUAACAAAAGCCAUGUUUAUCAGUUAUGUUCAUAAUGAUCAUUUUGUAGGAGUGGCUUUGGGAGGCCUGAAUUGACGGGCUGGCAGUGUUUCUGACUUAGUGUGUGUUUGUGUAUCUGCAGCACCAUCACGCAUGCCAUCACAACCUAAACCGGUUUCCAUGCUGCUACACCGUGUGAAGCACAACGCUGUAUGAGUAUGUAUUCAGUCUAUAAAAAGUAAUAAACACGACCCCCCCAUAAGAAAACAGUCCAAAAUUAAUUUAAGAAGCAGAAACUAGAGGAUGUCCUGCAUUUUUUGCCCUCAAAAUGAACUGAUGUUAUUAAUUCAACAAACAAACUGUGCUUGGAAGUUAAUUGUUGGAUACAGACAUGUCAGGUCCUGCAAGGAAAUCUCCUGUAACCUCUCACUGCCCCUCCUCCUGGGAUGGCCCAAUAGGCUGACUCAACUCCUUCCUUGUUUACAUACACAUUAGUUUGUAGUAGAGUCAAUCUAACCAGUAAAGUUUGUCACCGCUCAACCAGUUUCCCUUUUUUCUCUGAUGUAGAAGUUGGGGAGUUUUUUUUUUCUUCCUUUUGCGUGUGUUUUCUCAUCAACCAUCAUAACGUGGAGGCAUAGAAAAGUUUCUGGAUUAGGGCAGAAUUGACACAAAGCGGCAACGCCACUCCAGCGAGACACUCGCAAGCAACGCAGAAGAGGCAACGAGGGGGGAGACCGAGACACUCGAGCGAACGCCACCUCAGAAAACUACAGCGAUAGCCAGAGGCAGACGAGUCCAUCCCAGAAAGAGAGAGAGAGAGAGAGAGAGAGGCGGCAGCAGCAGCAGCAGAGAGGCUGGGGAUCUUUGCCGACGAGGUCCCUGAAGGAUGGCAGAGAAGCAGUUUGCCGGGAUCCUGAAUGGAGCAGUUCCAGGAGAGCCAGCGAAGAAGGAUGAAAACUCCCGGAGAGGGAACUGGGGCAACCAGAUCGAGUUUGUCCUCACCAGCGUGGGCUAUGCCGUGGGCCUGGGCAAUGUCUGGAGGUUUCCCUACCUCUGCUACAGAAACGGAGGAGUUUGUUGCUGCACCGCGGAACAGACUCAGCUGCACAUGCAGUGACCUCUCUGCUCACCCAGGGGAGGUCGCUUUGACAGAUGAGUGUGUUGGUCUUGCCCACGCGUAUCUUGGAGUUAGAGGUGCCUUCAUGUUGCCGUACAUCAUCAUGCUGGUGUUCUGCGGCAUUCCUCUCUUCUUCCUCGAGCUGACCUUUGGUCAGUUCGCCAGCCUGGGGUGUCUUGGAGUAUGGAAGAUCAGCCCUAUGUUCAAAGGCGUGGGCUAUGGCAUGAUGGUGGUGUCCACCUACAUCGGGAUCUACUACAACGUGGUCAUCUGCAUUGCCUUCUACUACUUCUUCAUGUCCAUGACUAACUUGCUGCCGUGGACCUACUGCAACAACCCCUGGAACACACCGGACUGCAGCGGGGUGGUGGGCCCCGGCGGCAAUCGGCUCAACGUUAGCUUCGCUAACGCUACCACCAGCCUGGUGGCCGGGGUGGCCGAGGUGGUCAACCGCACCAAGAGGACCAGCCCCAGUGAGGAGUACUGGAAACACUAUGUGUUGAACAUCUCCGAUGAUAUCGGGAACUUUGGAGAGGUCCGUCUCCCUAUCCUAGGCUGCCUGGCUAUUUCCUGGUUUGUCGUCUUCCUCUGUCUCAUCAAGGGCGUUAAAUCCUCUGGAAAGGUGGUGUACUUCACAGCCACAUUCCCCUAUGUCGUUCUGACCAUCCUGUUCAUCCGCGGCAUCACCCUGGACGGAGCCAUCAACGGGAUCAAGUACUACCUGACUCCACAGUGGCAGAAGGUCCUCGAUGCAAAGGUGUGGGGAGAUGCGGCGUCACAGAUCUUCUACUCCCUGGGCUGCGCAUGGGGUGGUCUCAUUACCAUGGCCUCCUACAACAAGUUCCACAACAACUGUUACAGAGACAGCAUCAUCAUCAGCAUAACCAACUGUGCGACCAGCGUGUAUGCCGGCUUUGUCAUUUUCUCCAUCCUGGGCUUCAUGGCACACAACCUGAACGUCCCCGUGUCGGAGGUGGCCGACCACGGCCCGGGUCUGGCCUUCGUGGCCUACCCAGAAGCCCUCACUCUGCUGCCCAUCUCACCACUCUGGUCACUGCUCUUCUUCUUCAUGCUCAUCCUCCUGGGACUGGGGACUCAGUUCUGUCUGCUGGAGACGCUGGUGACGGCCAUUGUCGAUGAGAUCGGUACGGACUGGAUCAUCCGGAACAAGACUGUUGUCACACUGUCAGUGGCCGUAAUUGGAUUCUUACUGGGAGUGCCACUAACGACACGGGCGGGAAUCUAUUGGCUGCUACUGAUGGACAACUAUGCUGCUAGUUUCUCUUUGGUUGUCAUCUCCUGCAUUAUGUGCAUCUGCCUCAUGUAUGUUUAUGGUCACACCAAAUACUUUAAAGACGUUGAGAUGAUGCUGGGCUUCCCUCCUCCUCUCUUCUUCAAAGUCUGCUGGAGAUUCAUCUCCCCCCUCAUUAUCUCUUUCAUCUUGAUCUUCACAGUGAUCCAGUACAAGCCCAUCACCUACAAUGACUAUGUGUAUCCCGGCUGGUCUCUGGGUGUCGGCUUCUGCAUGGCUAUGUCCUCAGUGAUCUGCAUACCUGUCUAUGCCCUCUACAAGAUCUCAAGGUCCCCAGGGGCCACCUUCAGAGAGCGCUUCAAGUUCGCUUGCCAGCCAGAUCCAUCGUGGGGCCCUGCCCUGCUGGAGCACCGGAUAGGCCGCUAUGCCCCCAUAGCCUCCGAAGACACGGUGGAGUCUCGUCCCCUCAGGGAGAAGGCGGAGCUGAAGGAGGAGCUGAAGGAAGAGCGAAAGGAGGAGCUGAAGGAGGAGGAGGAGAAGGAGAGGAGGGAUGAGAUCAGCCUCACCAUCCAGGGAAGCAACGGCUCCACCAACACACAAAACAGCCCCAACCCCAGCGCAUAGACGGCACCGUGCUCUGUCAGCGCUACCGGGGACACCCCCCUGCUGUGCCCCACCAUCUCUUCCCUCUCUUCUUCCCUUCUCCUCCCUUCUCCUCCAUCCUCAACCCACUUUCCCACAGUCCUCUGUGGGGGAGAUCCCAUUUGCUGGAGACCUUUACAUAUUGUAAGGGCUUAUUAUAUCUAUCCUAACCUCUUCUAUCUAUCUAUCUGUGUGUCGUCUCUAGAUAAACGAAGAUAAAAAAAAAAAGCGAAAGGAAGAAAAAAAAUUGGGUCGUCAUCCAAACGAUUUGAGUGUAUGUUAGCGUGUGCGUGGGUGUGGGUUGUUAAUUUGUUACACGUAAUUUAAUAAUGCAGUUUUGUUUUUCCUUUCUUUUCUUCUUAUUUUUUUUUUUGUAAAACUUGUAUAUGUCAUCGUCAUAUGCAGUUAGAGGUGCGGUAGAUUGUGAGGCUGCAUGUGUUUGUUUUGUGCAUGCAGCACCAUGUUCUCCUUUCUUCUGUUAGCUGGGUCUGUGUGGGAUCGGGGACUUUCUAGCAGCAGUGAUUUGACAGCUGGAGACUUGCGGUGCGAUAUAUACAGUGGUGCUGUGAUAAAGUGAAGCAGGGUGAACUGUCAAUGAACCGGCCAUUUGCAGUUCGAUGGCGCUCCAAGAUGGAAAUCGGCUCAAUUCAAUGGCCAGGGAAAGAGGCGGUCGCACUCAUUCACACACCCAUACACUCACACUAUUGUACAUUUUACAGCACACAGUGACCUCAACCGUAGUUCAUCUCCGCUUAAUACUAAGCCUGUUGUUAUUUUUAUGCUUCUUUUUUCGAUAGAGCACACACAUUUAACGAACACCCGAGAUGGCGACUGACAUGGCGGAUUUUCCGUGGAAAUGUCCUCCAUUCGUAACUUUUUCCAAUUAAAGCUGCUGAAAGUUUUGAAAACUCAGCAGAGAAAUGUCAGUUGAAACGGUGCUGUAGUCUCUGCCUCCGAAGCAUUUGUUUCCAGUUUUUCGACAGUGCCCAUUUCUCAGGGUUAAACUCUGUGGUUACGUUUUGUUCCUUGCCUAUGGAAACUUUGCCUCGACUAAGGUGGCCUUUCAAGAUUAUAGGGAUCUGAAACCACCUAACUUUCCCCGCUGUCGAAAAAAGCACCCACACAUACACACAAAACAGGUGGAUGCAACGCUGUAUGUAGAAGUGCCAUCUCUCCUUAAGUCUUCCAGGCAUUCUGUUUGAGUGAAAUGCAUCUCGGGAUGUAGCCUACGGAGGAGGAUCCGGGCUAGAGGACUUAGCCAGUGACAGGAUCGUGAGUGUGUCGUGGUCUUUGUCUCCCGUGGGUCGGAGCAAUCUGCCCCAUUAAGGCAUGUUACCAAAAGCACCUGAGUUACCUGAGUCCUGCACAUGUUUUUGGUAACAUAUAUAUAUAUAUACUGUUUAUCAAGACUGGUACGGUGUCAGUCUCUUACAGUCAGUGGAACCUUUAAUGUAUUUACAAGCAUUUUACUUCAGAGCUCUGAGCCAAGCUGUGCUGAGGCUGGUGAAGAGACAGAGAGCAGAGAGAGGCAGCUUGUUUCCAGAAGGAUACAGAAAGAGAGUCUUAAAUGAGUUAUGUAGAUUUAAAUGUAGCUGUAUAGUAUUGUUCUCUCAGUAGAAUUCUCCUUUUACCUCUCAUUAUUGUAAAGUAACUUAGUAAAUAAUUAUAAAGACAGCAUAUGUUUAUUUUGUACAAAAAUAAUAAUAAAAAAAAAACUACAGAAUCACAAUUAACCCUGUUUACCAUCCCUCAUCUGUGACUUGAUUUGUUGUUGUCGUUUUGUCGGAGGGUAUGACAGGACAGAGAGGGGCCUGUUUCUCUAGCAUGCAGGGUUGGGUUUUCCUAAAAAAGUGUCCGACUGGAACGCAACCAGGACAAUUUUGUAGUAUUAUGGUCGCAGAGGCGUAUGGCAGUCUGACUACUGAACAAAUGCAUGAAAAGAUGUGUGAAGAUCACGUGGUCCGCUGUCGUUCCAUCUGAGAUGCUUUGUUGGACGCUUGCUCAGGUGGUAGUGAGAUGAUUUUAGCUUCACAGUCAGGGGGUGGGGGGGUUCUGGGAUUGCGUCAGGUCUGGCUGUAAUGUCUCUUCACACAGUAGUUUUUCUUUGUUUGCGAGCUGUGAUGUCGUCGAUAGUAUUGAAUGGGUUUGGGGAGCUAGAGGGCUAUGAUACCAGGGUGAGCGUGGAACAUAUUCUCUAAAUAUACAAGAUUGUAUAUUGCAUACAGCGUAUUUGCAUGUGGAGAGAGACUUAAAGGCAUAGUUUGAUAUUUUGUGAAAUACUCUUGUUGUUGAGAGUCAGCUGGCAAGAUGGGCAGCAAUCGCAUGUGUGUACGGUAGAGAUGGAGCUGGAAACAGCACCUGGUUAGCUUAGCUUAGCAUAAAGACUGGAGACGGGGGAAACAGCUAGGCCGACUCUGUCUGAAGGUAACGGAAUCUUCCUCCAGCACCUCUGAUGCUUACUAAUUAACACCUUUUUAUCUUGUUUGUUUCAUACACACAAAAACAUCUGCUGGUUGCCUGGCAACUGGUCCCGGCCAAGAGUUAUUUGGCAAAUUGUCGUCUUGACGCUUUUGGAUGGAUCAAACAAACGAGUUAUAAUGUGUUGAUUAGUGCGCUUCAGAGGACCGAGGAGGACAGAGCCAUGCUAGCUGUUUCCCCUGUUUACAGUCUUUAUGCUAAGCUAACCAGCUGCUGGCUCCAGCUUCACAGUCAGCAUACAAACAUGUGAGUAAAUCAACUCUCUGGAAGAAAGCAAAUAAGCAUAUAUCCCAAAAUGGUGAACUAUCCUUUUAAGGAUUUUAUGUGUGUUCAUGCAUGUCAGGUUUUUCAACAAUUUUUGCAAAUAUCGAAGCACAGCUUCAAACUAAAUCUGACUAUUCCCCCACAGUUCCUCAGAAGAGGAGAGUGGUUUCAACAUAAAGGUGCAGUUGCUCCACUCAUCCACAAGAUGGGGUGAUGCUGACACUCAGGGUAGUAAAGGCACAACAGAGGUGGAGCGGUGAACUACAUACAAAGAGCCCAACGGACGCCAGGCGUCCUCUUGAAAAUGUCAAGGAAGCAACAAUAACAGUGAUAAGCACAGAAGCUGCAAUAUAGUGAGAGUAAAAUAAGCACAGUGAGCAUUCUGAAACAAGCAUUUCUAUCCAGAGAAACAUACACUGGCUCUUCACAUAAGUGGAGAAUUGUAGCUUUGGUUUCGAUCCGUUUUGACUUAAUGGUUUUGGUUUACUCAUGAAAUAUUCCCACCACACAUUGUAAUUUGUAACAGCGUUUAUUUUUUUCAUCAAAUUACUGCAAAAUCCAGGUGCUCUUUGAAACCAUACAUUAUCAGCUUGCUUCUUCUGAGUAGAGAUUCUGAUCUAAGGAGUUGUACACUUUCUAAGUGAGGUUUUAUUCUCAGUGCAUAGUGGGACAGCUUGUAGCUCAGACCAUUUCCUGUGUGCGGUUGCCUGUCUCGUGUAUUCAUGCUGUAGUAAGUGAAGCUUAGCCUCCGCGUUACCAUGCUUUCACUCUCUACAUCCCGACCCUUGCCAUCCUUCCUGGCCCCACAACUUAUCCUCCCUUUGUACAGUAAUGUAAAAAAAAUAUAUAAUCGGACUGUGUGUAUGUGCGUGUUUAUCGUUGCUUUUAUCUCGAGGGCGGGGUUAAGGGUGUUUCUGCGGGGGGAGGAGGGCGGGUAUUGUUUCAUUUUGUUUUUUGAUUUUGUCAUUUUUCUCGUAGUGUAAUGUAGACGACGUCGGGUGUAUUGUGUACUCUGUGUGUAGUGGAUGAGCUCUUACUGCUGAGCGUGCAUGAAGAGCAGGUGUAGUGUCAGUAUUGAUGUCAGUGUACCUCUAACCUAUCAGAACUAGCCAAGUCCUAUUCUGCUAAUGAUAUAGUCUAUCUUUUAAGAAAGAAAAAAAACAUUUUGUACUAAAAGAAGAGAAAGAAAACUACAUUUUAUCUUCAGAUUUUAAUCAUUGUUUAUCCAAUGUUAAAUGACACUACUUUUUUUUGUUUGCUUUUGAAGUUGUAUUCAUUGAACGAUUAAGAUAAAGCCAGCUCAUAUGAAACAAAGCAUUUCCAAACAAAAAGCUUUGGAUCUAAACUUCAACUACAAAAAAACAUGAUUCGUUUUUAAUGGCGAGCGCUGGUGUAGAUGGCGGCUGCAGCUACGUGACGAUGCUUUUAUUUGACAGUAUCACACGGACUUAAAGGGCCACUGUGUAGCAUUUAGGGGGGGAAUCUCCUUUUUAGUGUUUAAUCACCUGAAAAUAAGAACAAGUAUUAUCUUUACCUUAGAAUGAGCCCUUCAUGGAGCGGGACCGCCGUGUUGCACCAUUUCUACAGUAGCCCAGAAUGGACAAAUCAAACACUGGCUCUGGAUAGGACCGUUCUCGUUUUCGCGUUGGCCGCCGUAGUUCUCUCACAUGUUUGGCACGUGGAGGAACUUUCAGUUGGUUGCAAUCUGCAACCUUUACUCUAGAUGCCGCCAAAUUGUACACACUGGCCCUUUAAAGCUAUACUGUACAUAAGUGUAUAUCUUACACAGUGCAGUGCCAACAGUCGUAUAUCGCUGUUUACCUUUAAUAUUCUGUGGCCCUUAACCCAAACAUUUUUUUUCUAGUAGUAUAGUUGUUACAAAAUGUUAAAAAAUCAGCAAAAUCAAAACACCAAAAUUACUCUGCCACCAAGACCGAAAUAGCAUCAGGACCCAUUAACUCAUCAUUCUUGUGCAGCUCUAAUGCAUAAUCACAACAUCACAUUGUUUCAUGGACAUUUUAGGAAAUUAUGACAUAUAUGUUUCCGAUAAGGGCCCAGUUGCGUUUAUAUUUAGAUUUCUCUUGUUGGUAAAGUAAACCUUCAUCUAUCUGGCUGCCAAAAGACUAAGACCAUUUUAGUCCUCCAGGAAACCUAAAGAAAAAAAUACAACCGAGAGAAGUGAAUUAUUCACCAUGUCUUCAGAUUCUAAUAUGCUAUUGCCUACCCUGAUCUUACACUGAAGUGGCUGUGCAGAAAGUCACUGAUGUUGAAGAACGUGAAGCUUCCGUCCAUUUUUAUACACAAAUUCACAGCACAAACUGCUCUACUGAACUGAAAGACAAAACUGUGAUUUGUACCUUGUGUCUGUAGUUCUCUGUAAAUUACAGACCAUUACCUCUUGAAUUUCUUACUACUGCUCAUAUAAGCAUAUUCUUAUGUUUCAGCACUUUAGGGAAAUCAUUUGUUUCUUUUGUAUAAGCAACAAGGGGGAGGGGAAAAAAACGACGUAUAUUCAGAAUAAUAAUUCACACUUCCAUUCUGACAAAAGAAAACAAGUGUGGUAAAAUAAUGUCUCAUCUUCAGUCGACUGGCUGAAAGAAACUGUCCAAGAGUCAGUGGACUAAUGCUGUGUUGUUGCUAUGCCAAUGUAAAUUGUUUCAUGGAGGGAGAGGAGAGGAAAAGCACAAGUGAGAAAAAGAGAACACAGUUCUUCUGGUAUCCUCUAUCAUAUCUAUCUGUCUAUCUAUCUAACCAUGUCUGUUCUUCUUGUUCUUCAACCUUUAGGGCCAAAAUUCAUUGAAAUGUCUUAGUCCUGUCGGCUGUAUAUCGUAAACUGUUGAAUUACAAAAUGGUAAAUAAAAUCUAUUUUAAAGAUCAA